AUGGCAGAGAAGGAAAGUAUUUUGGCAUCACUGCGUGCAAGCGUUUGUGCUCAGGAGCUGCAGCAAAAUAGAACUUACCAUAAAAUUGAUCGAGAAAAGCUUGAGGACUUGUUAAAACAGAAGUUUGUAUACGACCAGUCCUUCUCAAUAUAUGGAGGUGUCCAGGGUUUCUAUGAUUACGGCCCCACAGGCUGCGCCAUUAAGGCUCAUCUUCUUUCUGCUUGGCGCCAAUUUUUUGUCCUUGAAGAGCAGCUUUUGGAAGUUGAUUGCUCCAUUUUAACACCCGAAUGCGUCCUGAAAGCUUCUGGCCACUUGGAUCGCUUUACAGACUACAUGGUUAGAGAUGUGAAAAGCGGCGAAUGCUUUCGUGCGGAUCAUCUUGUUAAGGCCGCUCUUGAAUCUAGGCUGGGUAGCAAGGGUACUACUGACUCUGAAAAGGAAGAAAUUGGCGGGAUCUUGUCGCAGCUAGAUAAUUUUGGUGCUGACGAGUUGAAUGAUUUGAUAACUCGCUUCGGUAUCACCUCUCCCACCACCAAAAAUCCUCUCACUCCUCCUCAAAAAUUUAACCUUAUGUUUGCUACUUGCAUUGGCCCAACUGGCCAACAUCAAGGGUAUCUAAGGCCUGAAACAGCCCAGGGAAUUUUCGUGAAUUUUCAGCGGUUGCUUCAAUUCAACCAAGGUAGACUUCCAUUUGGGGCUGCUCAAAUCGGUACUGCGUUUCGAAAUGAAAUCAGUCCACGGGCUGGCCUAAUUCGUGUACGCGAGUUUACAAUGGCAGAGAUUGAGUAUUUUGUUGACCCAAAUAGCAAAUCCCACCCAAAGUUUGCAAUGUACGCUGACCUGAAGCUUCCACUUCUCUCUGCAUGCGACCAAAUGGAUGGAAAGUCAGUUCGCGAAGUCACCCUUAAGGAUGCUGUUGCACAGGGUAUAAUCGCCAAUGAAACUCUCGCCUAUUUUAUGGCCCGUAUCUUCCUCUUUCUCUAUAUGGUGGGCAUAAAACCGGAUCGUUGUCGGUUUCGUCAACACAUGAGAAACGAGAUGGCUCAUUACGCCUGCGAUUGUUGGGAUGCCGAGUGCCUGACAACCUAUGGAUGGAUUGAAUGUGUUGGGUGUGCCGACAGAAGUUGCUACGACCUCACACAGCAUAAUAAAGCCACUGGCGCUCGUCUUGUCGCCGAGAAACCACUUUCUGAACCGAAAACGAUACACAAGCUACAAUGUGUGCCUGAUAAAGGAAAGUUUGGGAAGGCAUUUCGAAGUGAAGCUGUUCUUGUCAUAAAAGUCCUUGAGUCAUUUUCGUCUGAACAAAUUCUCAAGAUGAGGGAUGAACUAGUGUCAUCAGGGAGGUGCGCCGUGCCCGUUAAUGACUCAAUUUUCGAAAUUACUUCUGAUAUGGUUACAAUUAAAGCGGAGGAAAUUCGCGUGCACGUUGAAGAAGUCGUGCCAAGCGUUAUCGAACCCUCCUUCGGUAUUGGUCGAAUCAUGUACGCCAUCCUUGAGCAGAAUUUCUGCACCCGACAAAAUGAUGAGCAGAGAACUUUCCUCUCUCUACCACCCAUCAUAGCACCAUACAAGUGUUCCGUUCUGCCUCUGUCUUCCCAUCCUGACUUUGUACCGUUUGUACGACACAUCUCUGAACAGUUGACUCGAGUGGGUAUUUCACACCGUGUGGAUGAAAGUGGAGGCUCCAUUGGACGUCGGUAUGCACGAACGGACCAAAUUGCUAUACCCUACGCCAUCACCGUAGAUUUCGAUACCGUUAAUCAGAAACCUCCAUCGGCUACCCUGCGAGAACGGGACACUAUGAAACAAAUCCGGGUACCGAUUGGAGAUUUACCCGACUUAGUCAGCGAUUUGGCGAACGGUAUAGUUUCCUGGAGUGACGCUCUCGCAAACUAUCCUAUUUUUGAACAGCAGGAGGUCAGCAAGUGA